AUGAACCACAAGUGUGAGUAUAACCGUGGCAACUGUCAUGUCACAAAACACGUCACUAAUACAGACACACCCGUGAACUCGCGCUUAUCUCUGGCUCGCCCACCAGUGCAGCCUCCGCCACCUCCUCCUACGUCUGGGUCGGCGUCCGACUGGCCUGAAGGACUCAAACAGUUUGCCGCUGCGUGUUUUGCACGAUGUCCUAGCGGCCCUGACAAGCCUAUCAUGGAGGCUCAGUUGCGUAAGGUGAUCACCGAGGCGUAUAACACCAAUACUGCAUAUUCGAUCGAUUGGAGUAAAAUGGUGCUCCCCGUUUUCCUGCCCACCAACAACGGCUACACGAAUAGUAACAACAAUGGUCACAUGAACAACAACGGCUACAACCACAACCUCAACACCAACAAUAAGAAACGACCUGCAUUUGACACUAACAAGAAACAGUUCAACUCCACGAUGCCCCCAAAGAAGACGAAGACCAACAGCAAGCAUGGGGAGGGCUAUGUGGAGAACAUCGGAAGCAUAUCGCGGAAAGACCGACAGAUGCGUUUCAUGCGCGAGCAACAAGCGGUAGUCGGCAACGCUAACGCGUCCCCAGCCCCCGAAGUGACCACCGACCAGCCUCUUGUAGGACGAAGUACUGCCCUGGAGAAGAAGUACCUGCGGCUGACCUCCGCCCCUAAUCCCGAUACUGUUCGGCCCGUGGACGUGCUGGAACGCACCCUGGAGCUGCUGAUGACCAAGUGGAAGCAGGACCAGAACUACGCAUACAUCUGUGACCAGUUUAAGUCGAUGCGGCAAGACCUAACGGUGCAGCGUAUUCGAACGACAUUCACGGUCAAGGUAUACGAAAUUCACGCCCGUAUCGCGUUGGAAAAGAGCGACCUGGGCGAGUACAACCAGUGUCAGGCGCAACUUAAGACGCUGUACGAAGAGGGCCUGCCCGGCAACCGGCUGGAGUUUCUUGCCUACCGGCUGCUGUACUUGCUGCACACACAGAACAAGCAAGAGGUUGGCGACAUUUUGGUUGAGCUGCUGGACGACGAAGAGGCAGCAAACUACGAGCCUGUGCAGCACGCGCUGCAGGUGAAGACAGCCAUGAUGACUCGCAACUAUGUAGAGCUGUUUCAGCUGUAUCGAACGGCUCCCCUGAUGAGUGGCUACGUGAUGGACAGCUUUGUGGGGCGAGAACGUAUUUUGGCUCUUUGUAAACUGACGCGGUCUUUUAGACCGACUAUUCCUUUAGAAACGAUUUCCGAGUGGCUGGGAUUUGAGUCGGAGGGCGAGUGCACCGAGUGGUUGGAGGGGCUGGGCGUGGCGCAGUUCAUGGGUCCCAAGGGUCUGAGCUCUAAAGAGACUUAUCCUGUGGUUGAGGGACAUCGACAGCAAGCCUUUAUGAAAAUCGACAUCAAGGGACAGAUUUAG